AACAGAAAGUUGACACCAUGCUUCCCUUCAUAUUCGCCAUCUGCACGGUGCUCUCGGUCGUGCACGGAUACAGCGUCGAGAUCGUUAGUUUCUCUGCUGGAAUUCCUCAAAGCAAGACCAUCGCAAAGGGCGAGAUUGUCAAGUUUACUCAGGUUAUCUCCAACCACGGUAACGGCUACGACAAUACCACUGGCGUCUUUCACUGCCACCACG